CACCUCAGUCAGAUCCUACCUACAGAGGAGACAUCAUCUUCUACCUCCACCCCGUCUCUCCCCAGUCUGCCUCAGCCUGUAAAGCCCAAGAGUUCCCUACCGUUCUCGUCUAGCGUGUCCAUUGACCCCGACAACAUACUGCCCCAAGAUCUCCGCGUCAAGUUCCGACAGCUAUUGCAGACCUAUGAUCGCCUCUUCGAUCCUGAAAUAACUAGUUACAACGGCGCUGCUGGUCCCAUUCUAGCGUCCGUGAACAUUGGGCCUGUACAGCCCCCGCCCCCAACGAAAAGGCCGCGUUCCCCAGUACACGCUGAACCAACUCGUAGAGCUCCAAGCUAA